AUGCCAAACUGCAAGCCUGUCUAUGAGCCCCCGACACCUGGAGCGGUCAUCAUUCCCACCUAUCAGACAACGUUUAUCGGUCUCGAAGACUUCUCCAUCCACUUUCUCGAUUGGGGCGAUAAAACAAUCACUUGCCAGGCCAAAUACAUCAAAAAGAAAUGGGCCAAAUUACGCACUAGAGUCGCACAGGAGGAAAGACAGACAGGAUUUUUUUCGAUAUUUUAUAUUGCAACGGAGGAUGUCGAGUCGAGGCUCGAACGCGUGGACGUGUCUCAUCGCCUUAUCCACACUGCUUAUUCAUUACUUUCACGAAUAUAG